UUUUUUGUUUUACUUAAUUUUUUUUUCUGCAGUGGAAACUGCAGAAUUCUAAAUUCGCAGCUGAGAAAUCCCUAAAAAGGGAGCUUAUAGCAGAGAGCGUAGUCAGAAUCGAAAUUCCGAUUCCGAAAGCAGCCACCAACAACCACCAAACCAGUGGCGAGAAGCAUCAUCGGGGGUUGAACCCUUGUUUGUAUUCGUGGUGAUUGUGCCGUGGCGUUAUCCGUACUAUGAAGAGGACUAUGCCAUGGAGUGACGAUGACGAGUCAUCAUCUUCACAUUCAGACUCUGAACAUGAUAGUGAAGCUGGAGCGGAAAACUCCAAAGGGAAAUCUAGGAAGCAGAAAAGCGGUGUAAUUGACUUUGAGGCUCUGAGGAGACAUGGGUAUAGAGGUGGACCUUCGGUCCUAAAAGUACCGGCACCCAGAGAAGGGGAUGAGUCGAAGCAAGAUUGGUCGUGGUCCAGUGGAAAAGAAAAGCGUGCAGAGAAGGAAAUUGAAGAAUCAUAUGAAGAGCGACAAAAAACAAGGGAGGCUAUUUCCCAAGGAGAGCAGCUGCCAGCUGUCCUGACUAGGAAUGACAAGAAGAAUCUUUCUUUCUCUCAGAAGGAAAAGAGGAAGAGAGAGCUGGGUCAAGCUAGCAGAGGCAAAAAUUAUGUUGAAGAAGAGAAGAGGCUGUUGAGAGAGAAUGGUAUCUAUUCUGGUUUUGAUGCUUGAUUUUCCACACCCUUCAUAUUCUUGUACAAACACACUCUCAUUUUCUUCUACUCUAAAGGACUGAGUUUCAACUUGUAGUCACUGCUUUAAAACUUGACACAAAUUAUUAUGAUGUGAAAAAAAAAAAUU